AUGGACCAAACUCAGCAUUCUAAAAAAACAGCAGAGGUCCAACCUUCCAAACCAAAGAAGACAAGGCAUUGUGAUGGCUUCAAGAUGUUUUUGGCAGCCCUCUCAUUCGCCUAUAUAAGCAAGGCAUUAGCUGGAGUCCUAAUGAAAAGUUCCAUCACGCAAAUAGAAAGGAGAUUUGACAUCUCGUCUUCCUUAGCUGGUUUGAUUGAUGGAGGAUUUGAAAUUGGGAAUUUGAUGGUUAUUAUAUUUGUGAGUUACUUUGGAUCCAAACUACACAGACCGAAGUUGGUUGGAAUUGGUUGUUUCAUCAUGGGCCUUGGGAGUAUUAUGACUGCCAUGCCACAUUUCUUCAUGGGAUAUUACAGGUUCUCAUCAGAGGAUGACAUCAACUCUCUAAGAAACUCCACAUGGAAAUGUUUAGUAAAUCAAACUACAUCACUCACUGGAACCUCACCUGAGAUAGUGGGGAAAGAUUGUGAAAAGGCAUCCAAGUCACAUAUGUGGAUUUAUGUGUUGAUGGGGAACAUGCUUCGUGGGAUAGGGGAAACACCAAUAGUGCCCCUGGGAGUUUCCUAUAUUGAUGACUUUGCACCAGAAGGGCAUUCUUCUGUGUAUUUAGGUCUUCUGAAUACAGUAGCAAUGGUUGGUCCAGUCCUUGGUUUUCUCAUGUCAUCUGUGUUUGCUCAGAUGUAUGUUGACAUUGGAUACGUAGACCUGAAAAAUAUCCGGAUAACACCUAUGGAUGCUCGCUGGGUCGGUGCCUGGUGGCUCAGUUUCAUUGUGUCUGGACUAUUUUCCAUUAUUUCUUCUAUACCCUUCUUUUUUCUGCCCAAAAUUCCAAACACAUCACAGAGAGAAAGGAAAAAUUCAGCAUCUCUGAAUGUACUCAAGACAGAUGAAGAAAAGAAUCACAUGGCUCAUUUGACCAAACAGGAGGAAAAAGCCCCUAUCAACAUGAAGGGUUUCCUCUGCUCUCUGAAAAGCAUCCUUACCAACAAGUUAUAUGUUAUAUUCGUGGUCCUGACAUUGCUACAUCUCAGCAGCUUUAUUGGCUCCUUUACUUACAUCUUCAAGUUUGUAGAGCAACAGUUUAGCAAGUCGGCAUCACAGUCUACCUUGGCAUUAGGAAUUAUAACCAUACCUAUUAUGGCAGUCGGGAUGUUUUUAGGAGGAUAUAUCAUUAAAAGAUUCAAACUGACCCUGGUUGGAAUUACCAAGUUUGCACUGUUCACCUCUUUUGUAUCCUGUGUCUUUCAGAUAUUAGAUUUUGCUCUAAUCUGUGAAAACAACUCAUUUGCUGGCCUAACCAUGACCUACGAUGGAAUGAACUCAGUGGACUCUCACAUAGAUGUACCACUUUCAUAUUGCAAUUCAGACUGCAGUUGUGAUGAAAAUCAAUGGGAACCCAUCUGUGGGGAAAAUGGAGUAACAUACAUCUCACCUUGUCUGGCAGGAUGCAAGUCUUCUAGUGGUGAUAAGAACAUUAACAGUACAGUAUUCUAUGACUGCAGUUGUAUCAGAGACUCUGGUUUCCAGACCAGCAAUCACUCAGCCCAUUUGGGUGAAUGCCGACAAAAGAAGUGCCAAAAAAACUAUUACUUUUAUAUAGCUUUUCAAGUCAUAAAUUCUUUCUUUACUGCAAUGGGAAGCACAUCUUUUAUCUUGAUUUUGUUGAAGACCGUCCAACCUGAACUGAAAUCACUUGCAAUGGGUUUCCACGCACUGGUUAUCCGUGCACUAGGAGGAAUUCUAGCUCCCAUCUAUUACGGGGCAUUAAUUGACAGAACAUGCAUGAAGUGGUCUGUCAGCGGCUGUGGAACACGAGGUGCUUGUAGGGUGUAUAACGCUGCAUGGUUUGGAAAUGUCUACUUGGGUUUGAACACAUCUUUGAGAACUUCAGCACUUAUUUUAUAUUUUGUAUUAAUUUAUGCCAUGAAGAAAAAAGAUGAAAAGAAAGAUAGCAAGACAUUGGAAAAUGAUGGAAAAGUCAAAGAUGAAGCAAAUCCAGAAACCUUAAAUAAAAAUGGAUACCAUUCUGUACCUCCUGGUACACCAUAUAAUGAAACACCUCUUUAA